GCGAGGCGGCGGGCGGAAGCGGGGCGGCGGGGCAAGAUGGCGGCGGCGCCGGGGUUGGCGUUGCUGGCGCUGCUGGCGGCGCUGCGGGCGGGGAGCGGAGCGCUCAACAUGCGGGAGCUGAGCGACAUGGCGUACGGGCUGGAGAUACUGAGGGAGCCCGUGCUGGCCGGGCAGCAGCAGACGGCCGACGUGGUGACGGUGUCCUCAGUGUUCCAGCAGCGCUACGAAUGCCGUUUGCCCCCCGCCGCCCUUCACCGCCCCCCCGAGCCCCCCCCAGAAUCUCGGCCCUACAACGGCUCCGGGGUGGCCGAGCUGCUGCGCCCCAUGGCUGCGGCCCCCUGCCUGCUCAAGACCAAGGACUGGUGGACGUACCGCUUCUGCUAUGGGAAGCACAUCCAGCAGUACCACGUGGAAGACUCAGAGAUCAAAGGCGACAUCCUCUUCCUCGGCCACUUCCAGUCAGCCUUCGACUGGGACGACGCAGCAGCCCAGGCCUCCACGCAGCACCGCCUGAAGCGCUACCACAGCCAAAGCUACGGCAAUGGCUCCCGCUGCGACCUCACGGGGUCACCCAGGGAAGCAGAAGUGCGGUUUGUGUGCGAGGAGGGGGCUGGGGAUUACAUCGCGCGCGUGGACGAGCCGCACUCGUGCUCCUACGUGCUGACGGUGCACACCGGGCGGCUCUGCCAACACCCCUGGCUGCGGCCCCCCCCCGGAGCCGCCCCCCUGAACAUCCGCUGCCAGCCCGCCCUCAGCCCCCAGCAGUACGUCAGAUACGUCCGAGCGCAAGUCUCUGACACCAAGCGGAAGGUGGAGGAGAUCUCCGAGGAGCUGCGCACGCUCGACAGCCGCCUCUGGAGCGAGAGGGACGGCCACGGCCCCCCCACGGCCCCCCCCCAGGCACCACACGGUGACGCCGAUGCCAUCCCCAGCGCUGCUGUGGGGGCCGCCGGCACGACCCAGGAGAAGGGCGGUGAGGAGCAGGUGGAGAAGAACCCUGACGCCCCCAACCCCAAGGCGUCCCCCAGCCCAGAGCGCCCCAACCCCAAAGAGCCCCCCAGCUCCGACUCCCCCGGCCCCGAGGAGCCCCCCAGCGCCGAGGAGGAGGAAGAGGUGGAGGAAGAGGAAGAAGAAGAGGAGGACGCUGAGCUGCUGGGGGGGUUUGAGAAGGAGCUGGGGGGGGUCCUGCUGCCGCGGGAGCAAAUGGCGCAGCUGAAGGAGGAGGUGAAGACGGAGAUGGAGAAGGAGUUUGACAACAUCAUCAGCGAGGUGGAGGACGAGCUGGAAGCGGAGGGGCUGAAGGGGGACUUUGACCGUCGCCGCGCCUCCUCCUCGCUGGCCGCCACGCUGCGCCGCCUGAUGGAGCGGCUGGAGGGGGCCGCCCCCCCGAGCCCCCCCCCCACCGCCAAGGACCGGGAGGAGGGGGAGGGCGCUGGGGGGAUCGCGGCUCAACCCGACCCCCCCACCCCGCAGGCACCCGUGGGGGGGGGCCGUGUUCAGGAGGUGGCUCGGGGCCCCCCCCGGCUGCAGCAGCUGGAGGGCGAAGUGAGGGAGCUGCUGGCCAAGGAGGGGCUGCGAGCGGAAGGGAAGAUCCGGAUCACCAUCGUGACGGCGGGGGGGGACGCGGCGGGGGACGACGCGCAGUGGCUGUCAGAUGAGGACACGAAAAACCUGAAGGACAUCUUCCUCAAUGUCCUGGUGGGUGGGGGGCGAGGGGGGGCUGAGGCACCAGGAAGGGGCCGGCGGCGGCUGCAGACGCUGGAGGACAAUUAUCGCUUCGUGUGGGGGGGCCGCGAUGAGACCCCCCCACCCUCCCCACCCCCCAGCGACCCUGAGGACCACGAGUUGUGA